AUGAAUGAAAAUGAUGCCAGCCGCCCAAGUCGGGCCUCUGAAGCUCAAGAUGCGGAAGUACCCAACCUGAAGGAUUUAGCCGCCCAGUGGCAAACUAAGAAGUUUGGUGACCAGGUGAGAGAGAAGGUGCUCAAGGAUAAGGUGUUGGUGAGAAUUCAGGAGGCCACUAGCGUUAUUAUGGAUCUGGCAGCGAGACAGGAAGGAGCCGUGGGCGAGCAUUUCGACAAGAUGGAGUGGGACUCGUUAUACAAUUACUCUGCAAACGUUAUGGAUGAAUACACCAAGAAUGUUGAUAGCAUUUUGAACCAGUUGGAUCAGUUGUAUCGUAAACAAUACCUAUGGCAGGAGUCUGUAUUCCUCAUAGACUCUCAAACCGGUGCCUCCGUGAUUGGGAAGGCAGAAGAGUGGAUGAAGCUGAAAGAACAACAUCUGGAGUACAAAGGUGUGCAGCUCGACCGGUCCGCAAACGUUAUCAAAAGCGCAAUCGAACGAUUGACAUCGAAGAAUUGA